UUUCAGCUUUUCGAAUACGAUAUAGACUUGCUUAUUAGUCCUGCGAACUUCGAUCAUCUUGUACCGACGAUAAUAUUAACUUAUAACUUGAUAAUUUUUUGAAUUAACAACGAACAAUCGAAAAUGGAAAGAAUAAAUAUUGUGUUUCGUUUUGUGGUGGUGUUAGUUUCCUUAUCGAUCUUUGCCAUCGUCCUAGGACAUCCCGCUGAAUUAACGACCAAUAGAAUAACCGCUGGAGACAUCUCGUUAGAAUCAAAGCCUGGUAAAGGAAAUGAACCAAUUAUAGCUUUAGAUGCAGCCCCGGCGUUCGACAACUUUCAAACGUCUCAAAUGGACAAAUUCUUUGCCAACAUAGGAUCUGUGCUUUCUGCUAUGAGCAACAGGAUCAAUAAAUUGUUUAGUCGUCUUCCUGCCAACUAUGACGGAAAUGUAGUAGUACCGUUAACGAAUUUUCAAAUUCCUUCUGACAUCAAUAUCGAUUUUGGAAAGGCCAAUUCAACAUCAGUUACCAAGCUUGUCAAUGGUCAUAAAGUGACCAUCAAUGACACUGAUUACAGAAACGAGGCUGGGAACGAAACGUCGUUUUUCCACGUCAGAGUAGUCGACAUUCAUCCUGAUAACCAUAAUGGAACCAUAUCCCAGGAUGUUCUUGAAGAAGUGAAAAAUGAAUUUGAUCACGAAUCGGAAGAAGACAACACGAUACUCAACAAUAACGACGAAGAGGUCUUACAACUGGAUCCAUACGCACCAAUUAAGAUACAAAAACGUAAAGACAACGAAUGGACCGAAGAAGAGUGGAGCAACCAGAAUGCGCAACCUCUUGAUCUACAGAAUAUAGAAACAUUUGACGAGAAGUCAAAUGUCGAGUUUCAACCCCCAAUGAGAGAUUUGAGUAAUGAUAUUUACGUCAACGAAAUUAUGGCAAAUUCUGGUGCACCAAUGGAUCCUAAUGCUGAGUUUAUAAAAAAAGAUCCAAUUCCGCCCCUUUUUGUAAGACAAAACAACAAAGCUGAACUAUUGAUGCCAUCUCCUAAAAACAAUUAUUACUACUAUGAUGUCGUACCAAUGAAGCCUGUAGUUGAUCUGAGUAAUGACAUUUACGUUAAUGAGAUAAUGGAGAACUCUGGAGCUCCUAUCAACCCUGAUGCUGAAUUAAUUGAUUCUAAAACGUUCAGGCAACCUCGAAGUUUUAAGAAUUCUAACCCUUAAUUUAAUGAAAGAGACAUAUUUUAUGAUUGCUAGUGAGACUGAAUUAUACAACUAUUAUGAUUAUGAAUACUAAGUUUUGUGAUUUGCUGGUGUGGUACCUAUAAAAGAAUGAGCGUGCGUGUGCUUUGCCAAAGAUCUUUGCAAUGUCUUACUAAAAGUUUAGAAGUCUUGUAGUAUUUAAAAGUGUAAAAGUUGAUUAUUGUACUUGCAUAUUUGUUCAUACCUACUUUUUAAUGCUGUAAAUUUCGAACACAAGGAUGUUAAAUUUUGUUAAAAAUCAGUUCAUAUGUAACUAAACUCUUUUGAAAGGCACAAAAUGUACAUAAAAUAUUGACUUUUUAAUAGUUUAGACUGUUUGUUAUCUAUUUAACUUCAUGACAAUUAAAUUUGUACAUCAUUACAUAUACCUACUUCAUCUCUACAACUACUUUAAAAUGUGUUGUUAGUUCAUUAUUUAUUUAUUGAUACUAUUUAUUUUUUUAAUAAACACGUUAUUAGUCUUUCCC